AUGGCUCCUAUAACACGUCUAAGUUUGAAAAGAGAAAAUAAUAAUAUAUCCAAUUCAACAGAUGAAAUCGAAGGUAAUAAUGAUAAAAAAUUAUUAGAAAUUAAAAAACAAAAGACAAUAACAACUAAAAAACCCAAAUCACCUUCCUUACGUACUCAAUUAAGUGCUAUGACAAUACCAGUACUUAAAAAUAUUCUUCGUUUUAAUCAUCAAAAUCCUUUUGGAAAUAAAUCUGAUCUUCUUUCACGUAUUAUUUAUAUGGUUGGACAUGGUAUCUAUCCAAGAUGUCCAAAAUGUACUAGAGGUCGAUUAAAACCACGUUUACAUCGUCGAAAAAAUCAAUCGAAAUAUUAUUGUCCAGGUUUUCCAAAUAGUUUUCGUGCUCCUGCUUCAUAUCAUCAAUGUGAUCAUGUAAUAGAUGAAUGUAAAAAAGAAAAAUUUCGUUUUCCAUCUAAUUUAAAUUUAAAAAUAAAUAAUUUAAUUUCAGUUAUGAAUCUCCUUCGAUUAUGUCAUCGAAUUAUCAAUCCAACACGAUUUUCAUUAAAUCGUCAAUUACAAAAAUUAUCUAUUGCACCUAAAACACCUUUAACAUCUCUUUCGGUUGGUCAAGAAUUAAAUGGUUAUAUUGUAAAAGAGAUAACACCUAUACCAGAAUUUCGUUUAACUGCUAUUAAACUUCAACAUAAAUUAACUGGUUGUCAACAUUUACAUAUUGAUCGUGAACAUAAAAAUAAUGUUUGGAGUGUUGCUUUUCAAACAACACCAAAAGAUGAUACAGGUGUUGCGCAUAUUCUUGAACAUACAGCACUUUGCGGUUCAGAGAAAUUUCCAUGUCGUGAUCCAUUUUUUAAAAUGACUAAUCGUAGCAUGGCUACAUUUAUGAAUGCUUUUACAGCUAGCGACUGGACAAUGUAUGCAUUUUCUACACAAAAUCAAAAAGAUUAUUUUAAUCUCAUGUCUAUUUAUCUCGAUGCUGUUUUACAUCCAAAACUUGAUGAAUAUGAUUUUAUGCAAGAAGGUUGGCGUCUUGAACAUGAAAAAAUUGAUGAUCCAACAUCACCAAUUGUUAUCAAAGGUGUUGUAUUUAAUGAAAUGAAAGGUGUUUUUAGUAAUAGUCAUCAAGUUUAUGCUCGUCAAGUACAAAAUAAUUUAAUGCCAACAUCAACAUAUCAGUAUGAAUCAGGUGGUGAUCCAGAAAAAAUUCCUAUAUUAACAUGGAAUGCACUUAGAGAAUUUCAUACAAGACAUUAUCAUCCAUCUAAUGGAAGAUUUUUUACAUAUGGUUCAUUUCCAUUAUCAGAUACACUUGCAUUUCUUAAUGAUUAUCUACAUCAUUAUGAACAGCAAAAAACUAAAGCAAUAUCAUCAAAACUUAUUGAAGAAUCUCAUUGGAAUAAAUCACGAUCAGUAAAUAUAACUUGUUCACCACAAUCAUUUGUUGUUGAUCCAAAUAAAACAACAACUGUUAGUGUUAGUUAUUUACUUGGAAGUAUACGUAAUACAUGGGAGACGUUUCUUUUGAAUAUUGUUUGUUCAUUACUUGUUGAAUCAGAAAACUCUCCAUUUUAUAAGAAAUUAAUUAUACCAAAUAUUGGUAAUAGUUAUUCACCUGAUACAGGUUUUGGACGUCAUACACUAAAUACAACAUUUCAUGUUGGUUUACAAGAUAUAUCCAAAAACGAUGUUGAUCGCGUUGUUAAAAUUAUUGAUGAAACAUUUCAAGAAGUUGCGAGAAAAGGUUUUGAACAAAGUCAAAUUGAUGCAUUACUUCAUCAAUUUGAACUUGGUAUCAAACAUCAAGAUGAAAAUUUUGGCCUGAAAAUUAUUUUAGGUUUAAUAUAUUCUUGGAUACAUGAUACAGAUCCAAUUGAUAGUCUUCAAAUAACAAAAUAUCUUGAAAAAUUUAAUGAUGAAAUGGCAAAAAAUCCUCGAUUACUUCAAGAUAUUGUUGAAAAAUAUUUUCUUAAAAAUAAUCAUAAAUUAAUAGCAACAAUGAAUAUUGAUGAAGAAUAUUCGGAAAAGAAAAAACAAAAAGAAUCACAACUUUGUCAACAAUUAAUAUCUCAAUGUAAAGAUAAACAAUUAAUAUAUGAAAAAGGUUUAGAAUUACAAAAACGACAAUCUGCACCUCAGAACGUUGAUGUUUUACCUACAUUGUCUAUUACUGACAUUGAUAAGAAGGCUAUACGUGUGCCAAUAAUACAAGGACAAAUAGGUAAUACUUAUGUCCAAUUAUGUGAACAACCAACAAAUGGUAUAACUUAUUUUCGUUGUUUACUUAAUACAUUUGAAUUACCAAAUGAAUUAAAAUCUUACUUACCAUUAUUUAUUAAUAUUCUCACAAAGUGA